AGAGCUCAGGGCGGGAGGGCAGAGCUCCUGAACUCCUCUGCUGCUCACAAACACUUGCUCAGUCAGUGCAGUGUAGAGCAAGCAGUCCUUGGAAGGUGAGGGAAAGCACAGUGCAGACUAGCUGGUGCUAGAUCCAUUGAAGCUAUGGGCUAGAGGACGCACACAGCCUGGCCACCACUAGUCCAGUCCCCUGGCUGACCAUGGCUGCGGGGGCAUUGCUGUCUAGUACCAAGCCUGGACCCAGCAUACACAAUCACUGUGGACUGAUCACUUGUGGAUCUUAGAACUUUUCCUUGAGUCAUUUGGGACCCGCCACUCAUCAGCAUUACUGCUGUUUCAUUGGAGCUGCGUUCAUGUGAUUUAACCUCUACACCACCACCACCAGGCAGGAGGAUGCUUCCUAGCUGCAGGUUGAUAUAUCAAUGUCUGGCUACUCUGUAUGCGGUUUUGUUCCUCCAUAUUAUCCCAACUUUCUGCCAGGUUCAAAGGCCGUUAUUUCACAGAGGAACAGUCAUCAAUUUUGGCCCUGAACACAGUCUACCACAGAGGUCCAGCAAUGAGUGGGGUUCAUGGCAAAGCUGGUCUCCCUGUUCUCGGACAUGUGGAGGGGGAGCUGCAGUGCGCACGCGGCAUUGUAUUGUAAGGGAUGCUGCAGGAGCAGACUGCCUGGGAGACACAAGACAGUACCAAGCAUGUAACACGAAGGACUGUCCAUCAGGGGUGGCUGAUUUCAGACAUUUCCAAUGUUCUGCAUUCAACAGUAAGCCUUUAAUGGGAAAUUAUUACAAAUGGAGCCCUUUCCAGUCAGGACAAGGAGACUGUGAGCUAAGUUGCUUGGCACAAGAGCAAAACUUCUAUUAUAAUUUUGGCAGAGUUUUGGAUGGAACAUCAUGCCAUGUAGAAUAUGAUGGCAUUUGCAUCAAUGGGCAGUGCCUGCAAGUGGGCUGUGAUUCCAUCUUGGGAUCCAAUGAGAAGGUGGAUAUCUGUGGAGUUUGUGGAGGAAGAAACGUAUCAUGCCGACACCAUCACAAUAUCUAUACUACAAAGUACCCGGCCUCUGGGCUAUUUGGAUAUAAUGAAGUGACAAUGAUCCCUGCAGGUGCCACUAAUAUCAGGGUGACUGACAAGAGCAAUAAUUAUCUGGCCCUGAGAAAUAGGAACUAUCACUAUGUGAUCAACGGUAACUGGGCCAUUAGUUAUCCUGGCGUCUUCAAUGUGGCAGGAACCAAGAUCCAGUACAAACGCUCUGCUGACAAUCAGGAGACCUUUGAGGCAACAGGACCAACAGAAGAGAAUCUGCAUGUCAUGGUCCUCUUUACAGAGCACAAUUCAGGUAUAGAGUAUGAGUACUGGCUUCCUAAGGAUUAUUAUAUUCACCACCAGAGAGAUCGCAGCUCUUUGCAAGAGACCGUAGAGACUGUUAUUUCGCCAACUCUGCCUGUUACAAUGACACCAGCUCCAACAACAAGACACAACACACCGCAGCCAACAACAACAAAGAAGAGACCACACCAACCUCGGCUUGAAAGAGAAAACACAGAGCUAAACCGAAUUGAUGAAUCUAGCAGAAGAGAUGACAAAUGUGGAAAAUGCAGAAAAAUCAAAGGAUCGCAAAAUAAAAUAAAGCAAUAUUGUCAGAAGGACUUUGUGUUCCGAGGAAGAAUCGUCAGCAAGAAGAUUGUGGGAAAGGAGACACGCUAUGAUGUGCAGGUGGUUAUGACCUAUAAGAACAAUUUCCCUAUUCUGAGAAGGGAAUACAUCUGGGUUCCAAACACCUGUGAUUGUCCCAACCUGCUGGAGAAAACGGAAUAUAUUCUGAUGGCCAGGAGGCAUGUCAACUACGAACACACUUUAAACCGAAUAUUGCUAGAGACUCACAGCUUUGUGCGCCUUUAUAGACCAAAGGAGGACAAAAUGCUCCGAGAUAUUGACCAAGAAUGUGGCAAGUAUAGAUUCCAAAUCAGCUCACAGCAGAACCAAUAAGAGACAUUAUUGCACAGACAGCUAAUGAAAGUUGUUCCUUAACUAAUUGUAUUGUAUGUG